AUGAUUCUAGACUUCAUAGAAUCUCCACAAGUCUACUCUAACAUUUUGUAUAUUACUUCCGCAUUCUCACUACCAAUUCACAUAUUUGGAGGGUACUGUAUACUGUAUAGGACCACAGUUUUCAUGAAAUCAGUUAAAUGGUCAUUGUUCAAUCUCUACCUUUGGUCAUUUGCAUUGGAUAUAUCUUUGAGUCUAUUCAUUCAACCGUACUUUUGCUCUCCAGCUUUUGCUGGGUUUCCCCUUGGAAUAGUGCAAUGGGUAAAAGGGAUCCCCAUGGAUGUUUUGGUUGUAUGUGCUACGGCGAUUUUUAAAGUUGUGCCCGUCUCCAUAAUCUCCAUGUUUGAAAAUCGCUACUUUGUUUUAUUCGGUAACAAGGGACUUUGGCAAUAUCUACGUUAUCCGUUUCUAAUGCUCAACUACGCACUUGCACUGGUCUACUGCAUUUCAAUUUACAUAGAAGUUCCGGUAGAUCAAAAUAAAGCCAGACAAUUUCUGUUUAAAUCUCAUCCUCAAGCCUGCAAGGUGAUCACUGAUAAGUCUAAAAUAUUCGUGAUGAACUUUGAAGAGGAUAUUUGGCCGGCGAUACGGCAGAAUGCGCUGACCAGUUUUGUCUUGGCAGAGAUUAUAUUGCUCGGUGUGUUGAUAAAGAUGGAAAUGAAUAGAGCGAUUAAGAACAUCCAGUCGUCAUUAUCACUAGAUACCCUCCAAAAGCAGAAAAAGUGCAUUAGAGCCUUGAAUCUACAGAUCGCCAUUCCAAUUGCAAUUAUCUUCUUACCAGCCGUAAUUUCCGCAAUUCUAAAAAUGAAAAGUUCCAGCCAACAAGGUGUUGAUAACCUUCUAAACCUUACUACCUCACUUCACGGAGUAUCUGCAACAAUUCUAAUGAUAUAUCUACAGAAACCAUAUCGAUCGGCAUUUCUGGAAAUUUUUUGUCGUGGAAAACGAGUGACAUCGAAAAAUGUCCACAUGAUGAUUCCGUCCAGGUUGAGCCAAUUCUGA